AUGAAUGAGGGAAGAUGGUGUGGGUGUUUCACCCCUGCUCGUGCCUCUCACUCGCUCCCUCGCACUUGCACGACAGCCCCAGAAGAUUCGCCCGCCGCCGCAGCCGCCGCAAAGCAAAAAGGGGUGGCGGGCACACAUAAACACAAAUCAGCUGGUGCGUGUGGCCAAGAUUUUUGCUCUCAGCCGGCCCACACACACACGCUAGAGCAAAACACAACAGCUCGAUAUACGCUGCGGACACACACAGAAAUGACCGAGACGCAGUUUGUAACGCAGUUGGGCGUCGAUUCCAACCUUUGGAUUCAGGGCACGAAGGUGGAGGAAAGAAAACUCGACUUGAGCAUUGUUGACCACGCAAACCAGCUGGCUUGGAAUGGAGUGUUAUCUGAUUUGGUGGCUAAGGAAUUUUAUCACCAAUACGGUCUCACAGCAGAAGACUAUUGGAAAACAAUUUUGACUCAACUGCAGACUCCCUCAGAGAACUUUCUCUUCACUGUUCGCGAAGACAAGUUCUACAUUGAAAAAGUGGGCUUAAACCAAGUGAAGUUGACAUAUGCCAAAUUGCAGUUACAAAAGAAAGACUUGAAAGAGGCGUUGAUUUCUACAACCAUGGCACUUUUGGCCAUUCAAAACAAGCUUAGAAGUAAAAAUGAACUGUUGGAGACGUCAAUAGCUGAUGUCAAUCGAGACCUUAACGUUCUUUCGGAGCAGUUUGAAAAAGUGACAGAUGACACAAUCGUCAAGGAAGAACUGCUGCUCUCCAAUUUUUUAGACCUCUUAAAUGCCAAGAAAGAAAAAAUCCUGCAACUUCAGAGUGAACUCACAGACAAGGGCAGUGUUGAGCCAGGAUCUGGUGAUUCUGUGUAUGACGAUGACACAGAAGUUGAUGAAGAAAAUGAAGAACCAACAGCUACGGCCAGCUCUUCAAUGGGUACAAAGAGGAGCAAAAAGACUGAUGUAUCCGACAAUUUUGAUGAUGUUAUGGACUUGUGAGAUUCCUUUCAUUUAGGAGUAGGUAAUCAUAUUUUGAUAUAUGCUAAUUUAAAAUUCCAACCAUACCAAUUAUGAAAAUAAAGUAAUAUUUUUGUCAAAACGUGAUUUUGUUCCACAAUGACAAACCUCUUUAGGCCGCAGUACUCAAUUUUAAAUAACAAAUUGUUUAAUCUUUAAAUAUUAGAUUCUUCAUUAUUUUCAUCAGCCAGUUGUUGAGACUUUUCCACCUUGUAGAUUUCAUCUAAUUGUUCGUGUCAUUAGUUGGUAGGCAUAAAUUUCAAUAUGUACGUGAAAAAUAGUUGGUAAGCUGGGCUAGACCAAUUUAACGUUACCAGUUUGAUUAUUUAUUAUGAAACCAGCAGUUAAGUUAAGGUUCGAAUCGUUAUAUCCUUUUCAUAAGGGGUUUUUAAGCAAUCGUUGUUGGAACUCCAAAACGGUUCUGGCAAAAAGAAACUUGUAAGAGCCGGUAUAAGAAUGGUUAGGUCAGCUGUCCAGCUCGCAGCAGCUAUGCACGAGAUCAAAAUUCAAAACAAACUGCGCUGCGCUCAUUCGCCUUCGCACAAUCGUUUUCAGCCAAUGAGGAGAGCGUGCACCUUUGAAGAAUUAAGGAGCGAGUGGCACGUGCAAUCACGUUUUCAUUAUAUUACAUAUAUAUAAUGUACUCUGAUAAAGUUGCUUUGAAUUAUCGCGAAACUUAGACAGCCAUCUUGUUUUUUUUUCUCAAGCUGUACAGAAAAUUCUAAAAAACGUAAGUGUGCCAAAGUAUUCAUAAUUGAUAAUUGUUAAUGAACAAGCUUAUAUGCUGGUAAAGUUAAUAUUGAUGUUUGCUAAACUUUUAAGAUUUUACUAAUAGCAGUGAAUCAAUUGAAUAAUUGCAAGUUAUUGGAAAAUUGGCUUUCACUUUUUUAAAUUAUUGUGUAAGAUGAGUUCGAUCUCUAUUAAAUACACUGUUUCAGUUAAA